AGCACAGCUCUAACACACCAUAUAUCCUAUUCCUCAUAAAUUAAAUUAAACAAACCGACACCCCUUUUAAUUUAUUUUCACUAUACAAUAUAUAUAUACAUCACUAUCUACACAAAUUUCUACAACAUAUUCAUCACUAUCUACUCCAAUUCUCAUUCAUAUUUUCCCUCUAUAAAUAGCUAACAAAACCGCCAUCUCUCACAUUAUUUUGUGCCUUCAACCACUAUAUACCAUGCAACUUUUCACAUUACUUACUAAACUCCCCUUCAAUAUAUUGCUCCUCCUUUUUUGUUUUUUUAUUCUACUUCCUUUACUUCAAUGGUGGAAACACCAUAGAAUCAAAGACAAAUGUUUACCCCCCGGUUCAAUGGGUUGGCCUUACUUUGGAGAAACCCUCAAACUCUACACACAAAAUCCAAAUUCCUUCUUCUCCACAAGGCAGAAAAGGUAUGGAGAUAUAUUCAAGACACACAUACUAGGUUGUCCUUGUGUGAUGAUAUCAAGUCCUGAGGCAGCUAGAACAGUGCUUGUAACACAAGCACAUCUUUUCAAACCAACAUACCCUCCAAGCAAAGAGAAAAUGAUAGGACCAGAAGCUUUAUUCUUUCAACAAGGUGCUUAUCAUUCCAUGCUCAAGAAGCUAGUUCAAGCCUCUUUUUUACCUUCAACAAUUAAAAACUCUGUCUCUCAUGUGGACCAAAUUGUACAAAAAUUGAUUCCAACUUGGGCUAAUAGGACAAUCAAUACCUUGGAAGAGAUGAAAAAGUAUGCUUUUGAAGUGGCUGCAAAUUCAGCCUUUGGAGAAAUAAUGGAGAUGGAAAUGGAAGAAAUAAGAGAGUUGUAUAGUUGCUUGGUGAAGGGCUAUAACUCUUAUCCUUUACAUAUUCCAGGAACUUCCUAUUGGAAGGCAAUGAAGGCUAGGAAGGUAUUGAAUGAGAGUAUAAAGAGGAUAAUAGAAAGAAGAAAGGAGAGCAGGAAUUAUGGUGGUGGGUUGUUGGGAAUUCUGUUGAGAGGCAGAGGUGAUGACAAGAAGAAGAUGUAUCAACAACAAUUGACUGAUUCUCAGGUUGCUGAUAAUCUGAUUGGUGUAAUCUUUGCUGCACAUGACACAACAGCUAGUGUUCUAACAUGGGUUCUAAAGUACUUGCAUGACAAUCUCAAUCUCUUGGAAACUGUCACAAAAGAACAUGAAGCAAUAAGAAACAAACUUGUUAAGGAAAAUCGUGGCCUUACAUGGGAGGAUACCAGGCAGAUGCCCUUCACUAGCAGGGUAAUCCAAGAGACAUUAAGAAGUGCAAGCAUACUAUCAUUCACAUUUAGAGAAGCAGUAAGAGAUGUGGAGCUAGAAGGUUACACCAUUCCAAAAGGUUGGAAAGUGCUUCCACUUUUUAGAACCAUUCAUCAUUCACCUCAUUUCUUCCCUCAACCAGACAAAUUUGAUCCUUCAAGAUUCGAGGUUCCACCUCGACCAAAUACAUAUAUGCCAUUUGGAAAUGGAGUCCACUCUUGUCCAGGUAGUGAGCUGGCCAAGCUUGAAGUUCUUGUCCUCCUUCACCAUCUCACCCUUUCAUACAGGUGGGAAGUUGUGGGAAAUGGAGAUGGAAUUCAAUAUGGCCCUUUUCCUGUGCCAAAACAUGGAUUACCAGUAAAGAUAACUUUGAAGAAGAAUUAGAUAUAUUAUUCACAUAAAUUUGGGAAUUUUAGACUGUUGUGGAGAGUUCAGAAAAUGAAAGCAAAGUGGGGUCAUGCAAUUUGUAGCAAGGCAGUGUAAUCAGUGAUUUAAUUUUUUUUUUCUAAGUAUUUUUUUUUAUGUAGAGAUUCUUUUCUCAUUUAUAGGUCUUAUGAGACAAAAGUAGCUUCCUUGCAUGGGCCAUGUAUGUGUAACAAACAUGUGUCUCUGCAGAAAAAAAUUGUAUAAAUCUCAUCCAAAAAAAUUGUACAAAUACAUUUUUUAUUUAAAAUUGUAUAAAUAAUGUUAAUGUGAUUUCAUUUUCUCAAUUGGUUCA